UGGAACAAGCGGCUCUUAGUGACCGAAAAGAAGGUUCAGAAUAUGGGUCUGUGGUGUUUACGGAAUUUUCAAACUCGUAAGCGAGUUAAUUAAUGAAUUAGAGAGAAUUAAUUAAUGCUGAUUCAAUUUCCCCUCAGACGACACGGUCAAGUUGUCGAGAGUGCUAUCGAGACAUCGUCUGAUGCACAGUAUUCGCAAUUUGUACGAAGAAUUCGACCGGCGACUGUACGACAAUUCGGAGCACCGAAACUUGUACGUGUUGGACUUGAACUGCGAUUACGCUCGCGAGGUCUUGCGACAGGCGCAUUCGAGGAAAAUGUUUAUCGCCCCGGCCAAGUGGCUGCUGCUGCAAGAUCGAAGGACCACGAUUGAUGGCGGCCACGACGACGGCAGUGAAGCCACUCCGACGUACGACGAUUCGGUGUUGGAUAUCUUUGAGAAUCUAGCGGUGUAUCCCGACAGCGACGUGGUUCUCGCGCUGAGACUCGACGGCGACUUUCUCGAGCUCAAGUCCGUGUAUCGGCCGAACCCGCAGCGAGGUGCGAUAUGGGAAAAUCGCGGCAACUGGACGAUCGAGAAUGGACUACAAAUGAGGACUCUCGACGUGGCUUCGGCGCGGAGACGGAAUCUACAUCGGACGGAGCUCAAGUCUUGUCUCGUGAUUACCGAUCCCGACACGAUGAAUCAUCUGACCGACUUCGAGAAGAAGACCGUGGAUCCCGUGACGAAAGCUACCUACCCUUGGAUACUGCACUUGGUAAACCGGAUGAAUGCCACGGUGAGUUUCAAUAUCACGGACUCUUGGGGAUAUCGCGGAGAGAACGGCUCUUGGAACGGGAUGAUUGGGAUGCUGGAGCGACGCGAGAUCGACAUCGGCGGCACCACCACGUUCUUUAUUCCGCAACGCAUCGGGGUUGUGCAAUAUGUUCAGUUGUACACGGGCACCAGAUCGGCCUUCGUAUUUCGACGACCGUUGCUGUCGACCGUAAAAAAUAUAUUCGUCUUACCUUUCCAACGGAACGUCUGGCUGGCGAUCGCCGUGUUCCUCUUAUUGGUCUUCUGCUUGCUGUACUUAUCGAUGAAAUGGGAGCACUCUCGAGGCGCUUCGCCCGAGUCGGCGAGCUACUGGAGCCAAUUCAAUUCCGGCAAGCCGGCGGUCGGUGAUAAUUUUCUCGUUCUCCUGGGCGCAUUCGCCCAACAAGGUAAUGAUUCUCAAGGAGAACUCGCCAAGUGCGAGAAUCGAGGAGAAAAACAAAAGUUUGCCGAUUCCCGAUUCAUCCGAGUCGAAAUAAAAAAAGAAAAAAAGAAAAAAAAAGAUUCGCGGUCUCUCGCGAAUAAAGUAUUCUCGAGCGUCUCGACGAUAAACUUGAAGCCCGUGUCCGUGCACGCAGGAUACGCUUACGAGCCGUACAAAGUCUCCACUCGGAUCGUCACUUUGAUGCUGCUGGUGGCAUCUCUGAGUCUUUACGCGGCCUACACGGCGAAUAUCGUGGGUCUGCUGCAGUCCACGACGGAUUCCAUACGCACGCUCUCGGAUCUCCUGCGCAGUCCUUUGAAGCUGGGUGCACAGGAUGUCGUGUACAGUCACCACUACUUUAAGGCCUUUCGAGAUCCCGUGAGGAAAGCGAUCCUGGAGCAGAGGAUCGAGCCGAAAGGACGCAAGCCCAACUGGAUGACUAUGGACGAGGGCGUGCGUCGCGUAAGAAACGAGCUAUUCGCAUUCCACGGCGAGAUCGGUGCGGUGUACCAGCUCAUGCAAGACACAUACCUGGAGGAGGAGAAGUGCGGUCUCACUCAGAUCGAUUAUUUGAACGUCCUCGAUCCGCUGCUCGUCGUACAAAUGCAAUCGCCUUACUUGGAGAUCAUUAAGAACGGAGCGUUGAAACUGCGGGAAUACGGGCUGAAGUAUCGCGAGGAGUAUCGCUUGUACACGGAGAAACCGGCGUGCACGAGUGAGACCAGCUUCAUCACCAUCGGCCUCACGGAAUGCUAUUUCGCGCUGGUCGUAAUGGGCUACGGGAUGCUGCUUACCGCCGUCGUGUUUGCGCUCGAGCUGCUGUGGCACAAGAAGAUACCACAUCGACAAUCUCAGUGUGGAUCUUCUCGGCGCAGUCGGAUGCUCGACGGAUGCAAAAGCACUCGCGGAAUGCUCCUCCUCCUCAUCCUGUGCAUCCUCGCGAUGUCGCGUGGAAAUGACUCGAGCGCGUCGUCGCGUCGCGUCGACAAUGUUAUACUCAAGUUUAUCGUCAACGCGACGCCCGUCUUGUUCCCGCCUUCGAGGAUAUCUCUGCACCUCUGCAUCGAUUAUGACGACGCGAUUAAAAUAUCGAGGGAGAUGUCGAACAAUCGCCUGACUCACGGAAUUCGCAACUCCCUCGGGAAACUCGACCGCAGGCUUCACGACAACCUGGAACAUCGGAAUCUCUACGCGCUGGACUUGCACUGCGAUUACGCCGUCGAGAUUUUGCGACAGGCGCAUUCGGAGAGGAUGUUCGUCGCCCCGACGAAAUGGCUGCUCCUACAAGAUCGAAGGAGCGCGAUCGACGACGCUAAUCUAACUUCCGUGCGCGACGCUUUGUCAGCGGAGGAGAUGCUCGAGGAUCUGGCCAUUUAUCCCGACAGCGACGUGGUCCUCGCUGAGAGGCUCGGCGAUAACUUUAUCCAACUGACGUCCGUGUAUAAGCCGAGCCCGCAGCGAGAUAUGAUAUGGGAAAAUCGUGGGAACUGGACGCUCGAGAAUGGACUACAAAUGAGGACCUCCGACGUCGCCUCGGCACGAAGACGGAAUCUCCGACGGAGCGAGCUCAAGUCUAGCAUCGUGAUCACGAAUCCCGACUCGUUGAAUCACCUGACCGAUCACGUAAACAAAUUUAUCGACCCCGUGACGAAGGCUAAUUACAUCUGGAUACUUCACCUGACCGAGCGGAUGAAUGCGACGGUGAGCUUUAACAUCACGAACACUUGGGGAUAUCAGAGCGAGAACGGAUCUUGGAAAGGAAUAGUGGGGAUGCUGCAACGACGCGAGAUCGACUUCGGCCCUAGCAUGUUGGUUGUGGUAGAUCGCAUGGACGUGGUGCAAUACAUCCACUUGUUCACGCGCACUAGCUGUUGCUUCGUAUUCCGACGACCCUUGCUGUCGACCAUGAAAAAUAUAUUCAUCUUGCCCUUUGAGCGAAACGUCUGGAAAGCGAUCGCCGUGUUUCUACUCUUGGUCUUUUGCCUGCUCUACCUGUCUAUGAGGUGGGAGUAUUAUAGAGAUACUUCGAAGAAAUCGGCGAGCUACCGAAGUCAACUCAAUUAUGGCGAGCCGACAAUCAGCGAUGAUCUCCUUGUCCUUCUAGGCGCGUUCGCGCAGCAAGGAUAUUCGUACGAGCCGUAUCGAAUCGCGUCUCGGAUCAUCAUUCUCAUGCUGCUCUUCGCUUCUCUCAAUCUUUAUGCGGCUUACACGGCGAAUAUCGUAGCUCUCUUGCAAUCCACCACGGAUUCCAUCAAGACUCCUGAGGACCUCCUGCAUAGCCCGCUGCUUCUGGGCGUGGAGGACACCGUGUACUAUCGACACUACUUUAAGACUUUACAGGAUCCCGUGAGGAGGGCGAUCAUGCGGGAGAAAAUCGAGCCGAACGGUCGCAAGGACGGCUGGAUGAGUUUGAAAGAGGGGGUGCGUCGCGUGAGGAGCGAACCCUUCGCGUUCCACGGCGGGCGAGGUCCGAUCUACCAAUUGAUAGAGGAAACGUUUCACGAGGAGGAGAAAUGUGGCCUCUCCGACAUGGAUUACCUCAACUGGAUAUAUCCGUUCUUCGUCACACAGAAACAAUCGCCUUACUUGGAAAUAAUAAAAGUCGGGGCUUUGAAGCUGCAAGAAUACGGACUCAAGCAACGCGACGAGCACCGCUUGUACACGGACAAGCCCGUGUGCUCGAGUCAGACCGGCUUCAUCACCAUCGGUUUCACGGAAUGCCACUUUGCGAUAGUCACGAUGGCCUACGGAUUGCUCCUCAGCGUUAUUGUGUUUGCGCUCGAGUUGUUGUGGCACGAGAAGCAAAGCAGGAAUACAGCGAGCCCCGCUGUUGCGGCGGGGGAAGGACAGAUUCGAGUCGAAUGCGUUGACGAAUAAGCUGCGAGUGUGCACUCUCGACCGAAGGGCUUCAACAAACGUCGGAUUUACUGAAUUCCCGAUCGCCGCGCGGUCGAGCCGAGGAAAACGCGAUCUCGAGUUUGCUGAAAUCGUGUUUUCGCACAGCGAAAGUCGAUAGUCACUGUUAGCUUAAUGAAUAUUGAUUUAGUGUGUGAUUAGUAGCGUCGAGAGAAAGAGCAUAUGCAUGGGGAAUCGUCGAAAGUCGAUCCUUCCUGAAAUAAAUAAUCGUCUCUCACGACAAGCGACUGAUAAAUACGAUCGAUUGCACCUGUAACCUCGUUUCAAAUAAAGAUUCAUUCAUCGUAC